AUUACGCUAGGUCAAUGUGUCCUUCCACACGUGUUGCGUGUUUCUUGUAGAAGCACCAGGAGCUGUGAGGCUGACAGCGGUCUCUUUGGUUUUAGACGUAAUUAUCCCGUUUCUAAACAGCUUAUUAUACCUACACAGCCAUGUUAAAGUCGGUUGUCCGCGCAGUGGGAGCCGCUGUUCGCCUCUCUACAGCCGCUCCGCCAGCAGCGCGAGCCCUGCAGCUCAGCUGCCCGGCGUUGUGCUCUCCUGGCUCGGCUACGAUUCGGCCGUUCACCCGCUCUCUGUGGAUGCUGAAUAACAACGGAGCCUCGUCAGGAUACAGGCCCAAGCUGUUCAGCUCGAAAGUUUUAAGUCCGUCAGUGUCGUGCGGAUGUGGAGGGCUACACACAGAAGGUGACAAAGCCUUUGGCGAGUUCCUGUUGGAUGAAAUCAAAGAAGAGAAGAAGACCCAGAAGAACAAAGCUCUCCCUAAGAUGUCCGGAGGAUGGGAGCUGGAGAUGAAUGGCACAGAGGCUAAACUCACAAGACAAGUUUCUGGAGAAAAAAUCAUAGUCACAUUCAAUGUCAACAACAGUAUUCCUCCCAACUUUGAGGAGGAGGUGGAGCAAGGACAGCAGCAGAAAUCUCCCGAGGGCGAGCCAGAAAUUGUGUCAACUCCCAACUUUGUCAUCGAAGUGACAAAACAGGGGGCCAAACAUUCCCUUGUGUUCGACUGCCAUUUUCCUGAAGAUGAGAUGAGCCACGGUGAGGGAGAGGAGGAGAGCGAUAUCUUUGCUAUCCGGGAGGUCAGCUUCCAGCCCGAGGAAGAUUCAGACUGGAAGGAAACCAGUUACACACUCAACACAGACUCCCUGGACUGGGCACUGUAUGAUCACAUGAUGGACUUCUUGGCUGACCGUGGGAUCGACAACACCUUUGCUGAUGAACUCAUGGAACUGAGCACGGCCAUCGAGCAUCAAGAAUACAUUAAGUUCCUAGAAGAUCUUCAAGGCUUUGUCAAUUGCAAGUAGUGUUAAAUGAAAUUGUCAUAGUUGUUAGUGUACAAUCUGACAAGGAUGGUGGUAUGAUGCAGUAAACCUAAAGCACUCAGUGAUGCAUACACCUUUAAAAGCUAAAAGAGACCUGGUGGAGAAUGUCGCUAGCAGAUGCCACAUUGUGGUUUCUUUGUGAUUGAGGCUUAGUUUUCUCUCAUUUAAACCAGAUCAUUUAAAUGAUCACUAUGACAGUUGUCGUAAACUAUCAUCACUCUCAAUUCUGCAGCCCCUGACCCAGCUGUGGAUGAUUAAUGUGAUCUGAUUGGCAUUUCCUUCUAACUAAUAAAGAGACUUUGUUAGGUUUCAGCAGAAUGUUUUGUUACAGUUUCCAAUUUUCAUGUCUUACCUCUCACUGGCUAGGGAACAGAGUUCUUGCUGAGUGGUUGUGGUUUGUCAGAUGCAAAAGGUCUUGAUAUAGAUGUUCUGCUGAAUGAAGCUGGAAAUAUUAUUCAAUAAACCAUUUGAUACCCAAA